AGAAGACAUCAAUAUCCACCGGGGCCGCGGCCACUCCCGAUCAUCGGCAAUCUGCACCAGUUGCCACGGCGGGAUCCGUGGCGAACCCUAAAAACCUGGCACAAUCGACACGGCCCCAUCAUCACCGUCUGGGUGGGCUCCCGCCCGAUGAUCAUCAUCGGUUCUUUCCAUUGCGCGAAAGAGCUCUUCAAACGACGAGGGGCCAUCUAUGGCUCUCGCCCCGCGUACUUUGCCGAUGCCAUGGGCAGCGACUCCCUGGCCGUGGCUCUGCCAUAUGGUCUCCAGUGGCGCCGACACCGCCUCCUUCUCCCCACAUUGCUGAACAAGCGCCGAUGCAAGGACUACAUCAGUCUCCAGGACCUCGAGUGCAAGCAGCUACUAUGGGAGCUGCUCUGGACCGACGACUUUGCGGGGCGAAUCCACCGCUUCGCCGCAAGUUUGACUUUUGCAUUGGCGUAUGGGCGCCGACUGGAGCGCGGGGAUGAGCCAGAGGUGAAAGAAAUAGAUCACAUCAUGCGCGAGCUCCUGGGCGAGGUGUGCCUGCCAGGGGUGGCGUUCCCUAUCCUGGACCAUCUGCCAGACUGGCUGGCACCGUGGAGAAGAAGCGCCGCCCGACUACAGGACAGCCAGGCGCGGUUCUUCACACACCACAUGCUGAGGGCGCUCCAAACGACACAAACAAAGACAUGGAGUCGUACCAUCCGCGACCUCGCCUGCGCCCGAUGGCCCGAGUCGGCAUUCAGCGAGAACGAGAUGGCCCACGUCGUCGGAGUCAACUACGAGGCCGGCAGCGACACCACGGCCUUUGUGCUCGAAGUCUUCAUCCUGGUGGUAGUGCUGCAGCGACCGGCCGUGCUGCGCGCGCAGGCUGAACUAGACAAAGUGGUGGGUUUUCAGCGGAUGCCGACACUGGACGAUAUGCCCCGGCUUCCGUACCUUCAGGCUUUCGUGGAAGAGGUGCUGCGCUGGCGGCCCGUCGUUCCUGGGGGUCUGCACCAUUGCACAACUCAGGACGACGAGUACAUGGGCUAUCGCAUUCCGCGAGGUACGACUGUCAUCCAGAACCACUGGUCGCUGGACUUCGAUGAAGACGUCUUCCAGGAUCCGCACAGCUUCCUCCCGGAGAGGUGGAUCGAGAACCCCGAUUUGCCAACCUGUGCGUUCGGAAUGGGGCGAAGGCUUUGUCCCGGCGAGCAUCUGGCUCGUAACUCGUUGAAUCUUGUCAUUUCGCGCAUGCUGUGGGCGUUUCAUAUUCAGUAUGUGGGGAAUGAGCCGCCAGACCCAUUUGCCAUGACGCAGGGGAUCAGCUCGCGGCCACGGCCCUUCAAAGCCGAGUUUCGGCCGCGGAGCCCGUCUCGUCGAACUCUUAUUGAGACUGAGUGGAAGAAU